AUGGUUAGGUCAAGGUCUGAACUCGUCUAUGUAUACGUCAUAUCAUUAUCUACUAGUUAUGUGGUGAAUGCAGCAGAUCUCAAUGUUCGCGGUCUCUUCUACUCCAAUAAAGACUUCUCUGAGGCCAAAUGGCCACUCUAUCUGCGACGAAACGUGAAGCUUCAACCACUUUGGUGCGGUGAAGAACUGAAUUUCAAAUCUAUAAUCCACUUCAACCAACUCAUCGGCUCUGAGGAUCCAUUUUGUUCGAUUUGUGCCUACUUUUGGUCGCCACCGAACAUGAGAAAAGCUCUUUGCAACAAAGAGAGGGAUGUUCUUAAAGCGACAAUCCCUGAAUCUACCGAACCCUACCUCUCCGAAGUUGUCUUCUGUCGAUCUCCUGAUGACUUUGCCUUCAUUCGAACUCGAUUAAAUCCAACUAGUCGGAUCCUGUGUUGUGCUCGUUGCAAGGUCGUCGUCCACGCUUGUUGCUAUGGCAUUGACGAAAGUAAUUUCGUCUCUAGUAAAGAUAGCAAAUCAGAAAGAGGAAAGUGGAGGUGUGAUGCCUGUUCUGCUGCGAUAUCUGAUCGUGUCUUGAAUGAACCGCAAUGCGUACUCUGUCCGAUGAGGGGUGGAGCUCUGAAGGCUUUGGCCAAUCCUCGGAAUUCAAAGCGUGGAGAACGAUUUUGGGUGCAUUUGGGUUGUGCUAUUGCUGUUGGACCCCUAUAUUGCUGCUUUAUCGAUGUUCCUCGACGCAAACCUCUUUUACUUCGCUCCACCUUCCCUACUUCAUUCAACAAGAAUGAGAGGUCCAGUCGAAGUUCAAUAUCUGGUAGAAGCAGUAUCAGCAAAUCAAGAGCGGUUUCGAGAAGUCGUAGUCCCCACAAAUCACGACGAACGGGCUCUUUGGUGAUGUCGCUUUGUGAAGGAGACAUUGACGACCUUAUUGAUCUCACUGGUAUCGAGGGUUUGGAGCACGAGCCGUCAAUAUCUUCCACCAGAACUUCUAAACGUCGCAAAUCGUCUUCAUCCAAUUCCUUGAGAAGUCCUUCAGAAGACCAUGGAAUUAAAGCACAGAAAAAGCUCUGUUCUCGUCCAUCCCUUUGGACCAACUCAGGCGACUACUUUGUUGAAGCUCGUCAAAAGCGGAUCAAGUCUUCCAGUAAAAGCAAACCUGAAAGCCCUUCCUCUGAAGCAGAGGACUCGUGUAGAAGGGACCACUGUGACGAGUGUGGCUUGGUGUCCCCUGGUGGUCCUUACUUGCACCUCCCCUUGGUCUCCUGUUGGCACGAGGACUGCACCACCAAAUUUCAUCUCACAUGUGCUCAAUUUGGUGGUGUUUUGAUAGCUACAAGCCAAUAUCCCCAUUGCUUCUACAUCACUUGUCGACGACAUUUGAGCGAGUAUAGAGAAUUUGAGCAUGAUGAAGAAUUGCCUCCACUUUUGCCUGGUGAUAUGGUUUAUGCGCUGUCAUCAGAAAAUGGGCGUUACUACAAGGCAAUUGCAAUGAAUCCUGCCGGCUCUAUGCUGUGCAAAUUGGUCUUUUCUGAUGGCACAUAUUCCAAGGAUACACCAUCUGAUUAUAUACUGAAUCAUGAUUGGAACACUGGUGCUCCCCAGAUCGGAUCAAAGGUCAAGGUUAUCUGGACAGACGGAGAGGUGUAUACGGCAGUCUUUCAAGGAGCUUCAGAGGAAAAGUGGGAAGUCUAA